CCACUUAGUUUAGUUGAGGCUCUGUCGUCGUUGAGUGCGCACCGCUUCCACUUGUAUAGUGCGAGAUCGGCGACUAGAAAAGUAAAAGAAAAAGAACUGUUUUACACAGCUCGUAGGCGAAGGUGCAAAACAGAAUUGUGAAAGAAAAAACUGGACAAGGCAAAUUAAUCAAGAAGUGCGUUGUUAGUUUUGCAAUAUUUUUAUAAAUAAACAGGAAGUCUUCCCAACUAGAAAUUAUAGAAUAUAUUUAAUAUGAUGUCGAAGAGAUUAUUAGCUCAGACAACAUGCAACAUGCUGAUCCGCUGCAGCUCGACGCUGCACUCGAAGGCAGCGCCCGCCGUCAUGGCCCAGCUGCAGAGCGAGAUGCCCCAAUCUGAUCAUCGUCCGGCUGAAUACACUGGGCCCAGCUACGAGCGUAUACUGGAGACGCGCAAGAACCACCUGACGCCCAAUUUGUUGGCGCACUUCAAGAAGCCGCUGGUCAUCCAUGCGGGUCACAUGCAGUGGCUGUACGAUCACGAGGGUCGUCGCUAUCUGGACAUGUUUGGCGGCAUCGUAACCGUCUCCGUGGGUCACUGUCAUCCCAAAGUGAACCAGGCGCUGAGCGAGCAAAUGUCGAGGCUCUGGCACACGACCAACAUCUACAUGCAUCCCAAGAUUCACGAGUAUGCGGAACGGCUGACGGCCAAAUUUCCGGGCAAGCUGAAGGCCGUGUGCUUUGUCAACUCUGGCUCGGAGGCCAACGACUUGGCCAUGCUGAUGGCGCGUCUGCACACGGGCAACCAGGACAUCCUGACCUUCCGCAAUGCCUACCAUGGCAUGUCGCCCUAUACGAUGGGCUUGACGGCUCACUCGACGUGGCGCUAUCCGCUGCCCGGUGUCAACAAUGGCAUACUGCAUGUCAUGAAUCCCGAUCCCUACCAGGGCAUCUGGGGCGGCUCUGCCUGCCGGGAUUCACCUGUGCAAACCACUCGCAGCUGCAGCUGCCCGCCGAACGAGUGCCAAGCUGGAGUGAACUACUACAACGAGCUGGAGCAGACCUUCAAGUACUCACUGCCGCGGGGCAAGGUGGCCGCCAUGUUCGCCGAGUCGAUCCAGGGUGUCGGCGGCACCGUGCAGUUCCCCAAGGGCUAUCUGAAGCGGGCGGCCGACCUGGUGCACGCCAAUGGCGGCCUCAUCGUGGCGGACGAGGUGCAAACGGGCUUCGGCCGCACGGGUGAUCACUUCUGGGGCUUCGAGGCGCACGGCUACAUGCCCGACAUUGUCACCAUGGCCAAGGGCAUUGGCAACGGCUUCCCACUGGCCGCCGUGGUCACCACACCGGAGAUUGCCGCCAGCCUGGGCAUGGCGCUGCAUUUCAAUACCUACGGCGGCAAUCCCAUGGCCAGCGCCGUGGGCAUAUCCGUGCUGGAUGUGAUCGAGGAGGAGCAACUGCAGCGCAACUCCCUGGAGGUGGGCACCUACUUCCUCAACUGCCUCGAGGAGCUGCAGCAGCGCUACGAACUGAUUGGCGAUGUGCGCGGCAAGGGCUUGAUGAUUGGCGUGGAGCUCGUCAGCGAUCGGGAGACGCGUGCUCCACUCGCUGCGCCGCAUGUGCUGGACAUUUGGGAGACGUGCAAGGAUAUGGGCGUGCUCUUUGGCCGUGGCGGACUGCAUGGCAAUGUGCUGCGCAUUAAGCCACCCAUGUGCAUUAAUCGCGCCGAUGUCAAAUUUGCUGUGGAUGUGCUGGGUCAAGCUAUAGAGGAUUCAUUGGCCACCCCCAAAUAGUCAGCGAAAUACCCAAUCGAAUUGGCAAUUGACUAGAUGAGAAGACUUAAUCCCCCAACAGAAUGCAUUUAUAGAUUAUAGAUUUUAUAUUGAAAAUUUCCUACGUAAUAAAGAGAAAGUAAUUUUAA